CUAUCCUACCUGUGCGGAGUGUGGGUGAUGCAGAACUGCACCCGCUCCUGUCACCCAUCGCAAGACAGUCCAGUGGAGCUGUUUUAAAAAGCAGCCUGGGGGAGGAGUUCUACCGCGAGGCCAUCGAGCACUGCCGCAGCUACAACGCCCGUCUCUGCGCCGAGCGCUCCAUGCGUCUGCCCUUCCUGGACUCCCAGACAGGUGUGGCCCAGAGCAACUGCUACAUCUGGAUGGAGAAGACACACCGCGGCCCAGGUCUGGCCCCUGGGCAGCUGUACACAUACCCGGCCCGCUGCUGGCGCAAGAAGAGACGGCUAAACAUCUUGGAGGACCCUCGGCUCGGACCCAUAGAGUUCAAAAUCGACUAUGAGGCGGCCCUAAAGAAGGAGGGUGUAGUGCCUGAGGGCCCAGUGCUGGAGUCUCUGCUGGCUGGAGAGACGCUGGACAAGAAGGUGGAGACCAAGGAGGAGGAGCCUAUGAGCGAGUGUCAGAAGCUGCUGGUGGGGGACUUCCCCCAUGAGCUGGACGUGGAGGAGAUGGAGGACGACGUGCCCAAGCGCAAGAACCGUACCAAGGGCCGGGCUUGUGGUGUUGGUGGCAUGAGAAAGAGGCAAGAGGCAACCUCCAUAGAGGACAGAGACAAGCCAUACGUGUGUGACAUCUGUGGUAAGCGGUAUAAGAACCGUCCAGGCCUGAGUUAUCACUACACUCACACACAUCUGGCAGAUGAAGAGGGAGAGGAGGAUUCUGAGCGCCACACACUACCGUUCCAGCGCAAGAAUAACCACAAACCCAAGAAAGCUGCCGACGGCUCGGUCAUCCCGAACGGCUACUGUGACUUCUGCCUCGGAGGGUCCAAGAAGACGGGCUGCCCCGAAGACCUCAUCUCCUGUGCAGACUGUGGGAGAUCAGGCCACCCCUCCUGCCUGCAGUUUACGGUCAACAUGACGGCAGCGGUGCGGACCUACCGCUGGCAGUGCAUCGAGUGCAAGUCCUGCAGCCUAUGCGGCACCUCCGAGAAUGAUGAUCAGCUUCUGUUUUGUGAUGAUUGUGACAGAGGUUACCAUAUGUAUUGUCUGAGCCCUCCAAUGGCUGAACCUCCUGAGGGGAGCUGGAGUUGCCACUUGUGUCUGCGGCAGCUGAAAGAGAAGGCAUCGGCUUACAUCACUCUGACCUAAGCCACCCGAGCCACGCAUCCUUCCCCCUCCUCUCAUGACAUCGGCCCACCAUUCUGUUGCCAUGGUAAAAUACAAUGGCACAUCCAAAGAGAUCUCUCCACCUCUCCUUUACCUUGAGCCUCCGAAACUAUUUUUCCACCGCCCAUCACUUCAAGAAAGGCAAGCCUUGUCACACCCUCCAACUGUGAGACGGGUGAGAGCACUCUUUUUUUCCCACGCUUGAGAGAAUGCAUCUCUAUCUGGGCUUGCCCCAAGUUUCCACCAUUAUUAUUUUUCCUUCCCCCUUGGCUGUUUGCCUUUUUGCCCGUCUCUCUCUCUCUCUCUCUCCUCUCUCUCUCUCUCUCUACGUCACUUUCCCCCCUCUCCUCUUCAGCCGCUGUACCCUGAGGCUCGCCACCCUCUCUCGGUCACUCUCUGGCCGCAGGUGGGUUUGCUCUGUCCAGAGCAGGUCAGGUGCGGAGCCUGUGAGUGUUCCGAGAGGAAAAGACUACUUAAAAGCAUUCCUUCAUUGAAACUGUUGAUCAUGGAUUCCCUUUACUGAGGGUAUAGUGAGGAAGGGGUCAUGGAUUUAGGGACUUCUUUGGAGGGGGGUCGUCUCUUUUUGAGGGGGUCUGAAAGAAAAAGCCAGCAGCCAUUUUAUAGCCACAACAAGUGGUAACAUCAGCAAAAAUAUGUGGACAAGCAGGAAGCCAUCUGACAAAACACUCCCUUCACCAAAGUGGAGUCCAUGUUUUCAGCAAGUUCUCGUGACCGACCAACCAACCCCACCUUCCAGCCUCACUCACAAUCUGAGAAAGUAUGGGAAAUUUUGACGGAGGAACUUGAAUAUGAUUAUGAUCUGUACAUAAUGCCUGGGUUUCAGCACGGGCAGAGGACCAAUGUUUGUUGCAGAACACCUGCCUGGUCUCACAGAGGGGUGGUCAGUGUUAGGUCACUGACAUGAAAACUAUACCUUUUGGCCAUACAUCAUCUGACUGACAGUUCAACCUAUGCGGGAGGUAGAGGUGCAUGCUUAACGCUUGGCGGAAAUUCCAGCAACAACAAUGCUAAUUAGAAUGGGACGUCUAUGCCAUAACCUAUUGUACUUAACAACUUUUCUUUAAAAAAAAAAAGCCAACAGAAAUUUACUCACCAUCCGUGCGUGUUUUGAGUGUCUGUAUAUUUAUGAGUAAAAUCUGGCUCAGUUUAAAAAUAAAACAGGGCAAAAUCUUCGGUU